AACAAAACUAGUAUGUCUACAUUUGAGAAAGCAAUCUAGAAAUAAAGAAAAUUAAACAUAUAAUUUGAGUUCACAGACAAUUCAACAGAAAUACAUUCAAAUGCAUCAUUCUUUGAUGAAGAGAGGAGUUAGGAUUUUUCGGAUAGCGACUUCUCUGAUUUAGAUUGUAUGGAAAUGUCUUCGAUUUUCACUGUUGAUGUAUGCACAUAUUAUUUAAAAAAUUAGUCCAAUAUACCACCUUAAAGCUUCGAAAAUAUUACAAAUUUCAAUAGUUUGCCUUAAUAAUAUGUAGCUCCGAUGAAAACUGGGAUUGCCAAUUAAAGAAUUGCUUAGCCAUAAAAAUGGAUUAACAAUAAUAAUUCUUAAACUGGCAAGGGCAUUGCCAUUAACGUGCUUGGACAAGGAUCCAUAGGUAAAUUGAAUAAGAAGGGAAAGAAAUUAGAUAAAUGCAAUAAAAAAUAAAUACAGAAUCUUAAUAAUCGAAUUAAUAUAAAUAAUAAUCAUUCAUAGGAUUAACAAUCACAACAAUCACCAUCUUCGAAUUUUAAUUCUAACUAAUAAUCUAAUACUUAAUAGAAUAAAUAAAUUUGUCAAGUUUAAAAAGUCAUCCUAGCAUACCUUAUGGUAGAAAGUGAUGUAUUAAAAUAAGCUUAACAAAGAGCUUAAAAUUUUAUUGAAAAAUUCAUGCCAAAUAUUAACGAUAAAGAAUUAUAUAUCAAUAUUCAGGAAACCUAUAAAAUCAUGCUUCUUCCAGAUUAGAUUAUUCAGCAGCUUGCUUAAGUCUUAAAUGAAGAAGAACGCUUGCUACAUUUAAAUUUGUGUUUGCAUCGUCUUAAUUUAAAACAUAAUAAGCAUCCAUUAGCAGCAAAAGCGGCAGAUAAAAUAAGGAUGAAUAUAACAAAGAGGUGUUGAAGAUGAAUUCGAAAGACAGGCAGGUGAAAUGAGGCUUAACAUAUGUAGCUCUCAUGAGCAAAUAUAUAAUAUUAUAAUAAUAC